AUGACCUUCUCCAACCUGCCAGACCGUGGGAAGAAUGCUGAAACCACGCACGGACACGCGUACCAUGACGUCCGCAUCGACGGGAACGCCCGGGUCCACCUAGGGAAUUCAUACUAUAACCAGCGAGAUGACCCUCCCAUCCGUCUACCGUACGCUGCGAACGCGGCGUUCAACUCGCGUGCAAAGGAGCAUGAACUCAUCUGCCUCCCUGGCACGCGCAUCGACCUACUGCGUGACAUCUAUGGCUGGGCUGACGGACAGGACGACCGACACAUCUUCUGGCUGAGCGGGCUGGCGGGGACGGGCAAGUCGACCAUCUCGCGGACGGUGGCUCGCGAAUAUCACCAACAGCAGCGUCUCGGCGCUAGCUUCUUCUUCUCGCGCGGCGGCGGCGACGUAGGACACGCCGGCACCUUUGCUACGAGCAUCGCGUUCCAGCUUGCACACAACGUGCCAGCAUCGCGCCAGCACAUCCACAGUGCCGUCAAGGGGCGCAGCGACAUUACCAACCAGUCUCUGCGCGACCAGUGGCGCCACCUUGUGCUCGACCCGCUAUCGAAACUGGAAGGAUCGCUGUCGUACGUCCUAAUUGUCGAUGCGCUCGACGAGUGCGCCAAUGAGAACGACAUCCAGAUCAUUGUGCAGCUGCUGGGCGAAGCUCGGUCGCUGGAGAGAGUGCGGCUGCGGGUGUUCCUGACGAGCAGGCCGGAGGUGCCCAUUCGACACGGCUUCUUCCAGAUACCAGACGCGGAGCACCAGGACUUUCUAUUGCACAACAUAUCGCCGUCGAUCGUGGACAACGACAUAAGCCUUUUCCUGCACCAUUAUCUCCGCAUCGUUGGGCAGGAACGUGGCUUGGACGUCGACUGGCCUGGGCCAGAGACUAUUAAGCAGCUGGUCCGGCGUGCAUGCGGCCUGUUUAUCUGGGCGGCAACUGCGUGGCGAUUCAUCCGCGAUGGGAAGAAGUUCGCAGCUAGGAGGAUGGAGACGAUCCUUGCAAGCAACAGCAGCACUGCCGCAGCUCCAGAGAAGCAUCUCAACGAGAUCUAUGUCACUGUGCUCAACAACUCGGUUGACACCAACUACACAGACGAAGAGAGAACAGAGCACUAUAAGACGUUAAGCGCUCUUAAGCAAGACAUCUGUGGCGUAGAUACUCCUGGCAUGCUUGUAGCCGAGAUAGAGAGACGCAAAGUAGAGCAAAGCCUCCCUCCCGAACUACAGUAUGCAUGCCUGUACUGGGUCCAACACGUUCAGAAGAGCGGGACGGAGCUACGGGACAACGACCAAGUGCACCGAUUCUUGCAGGAGCAUCUCCUCCACUGGCUAGAGGCGCUCGGGUGGAUGGGGAAAGUGUCCGAAGGAGUGUAUGCCAUCGCAUCUUUGGGGUCGUUUGUCGGUUCUCGUGACGGCCCUUCUCUCUCAGCUUUCGUCCACGACGCGAAGCGGUUCGUUCUCUACCACCGGGCAGCGAUUGAGAGGGCGCCUCUGCAGACGUAUAGCGGGCUUGUGUUUGCACCAACAGCAAGCCUAGUAAGGAAGAGGUUCCAAGGCAGCAUACCUCGAUGGAUUCGAGGAGUGCCAAAAGUGGAGGAGGAAUGGAACGCGCUGCAGCAGACGCUCGAGGGCCAUGGGGACUCGGUCACCGCAGUGGCCUUCUCGCCGGACGGCGCGACACUGGCCUCAGCAUCAGACGACAAGACGGUCAAGCUGUGGGAGGCCAAGACGGGAGCGCUGCAGCAAACGCUCGAGGGCCAUGGGGACUAUGUCGCCGCAGUGGCCUUCUCGCCGGACGGCACGACACUGGCCUCGGCAUCAGACGACAAGACGACGGUCAAGCUGUGGGAGGCCAAGACGGGGGCGCUGCUGCAAACGUUGGAUAUCCACGCUGCUGUCUAUACCCUGUCUUUCUCUGAGGACGGUACGCUUCUCCAGACAAACCGUGGGUCUCUGCCUAUACCAGCAGAGCUUCUUCCAACUGAUACACCUACGAAUCGUCUCCCUCUUUCCCCUUCUGUUUUUGUCGAGGACCAGUGGGUGCACCGACAUACUAAGCGUAUCCUUUGGCUUCCUCCCGAUUAUCGGCCAUACUGCAUUGCCGUUCAUGGGGCCAUUGUUGGUUUUGGGUACAAAUUUGGGAGAAUAAUACUGAUGGAGUUCGCUUUCUGA